CACCGGAGCGUGAGGACGUAUUUCCGUUUCCGGUGUAAACAAACAAGCCAAUAUGGCGACUUUCUGUGUCAAAUCGAGGAAACUUUUACGAGCAGAUAAGAGCGUUUAUACACAUUGACCACAUUUAACUACACAAUGACUGAACCGAGCAGUGAGGGGAGUUUAGUUCGAUACUACUGCACCGCAGGUAACGGCAUGGAGCGGUUCUUAAUGGACGAAGUGAAGAAGAAGCUGGCAGCCGAGGAUGUUUGUCAGAUGCCAGGUAAAGUGUUGUUCAGCUCCUCUGCGGGGAUCAUCAGAGUCAGUGAGCUGAAAGCAGCAGAGAGACUCUUCCUCCUGCUGAAACAAGACUCACCUGUGUGCCUGUCUGCCCACACCAGCCCAGCUAAGGCAGCCUCUGUGCUGCAGUCCAGACUGCUGGGUGACAAGAAUCAGUGGACCUGUGCUGUAAUGACCUGGAGCCGCCUGCAGGGGGAGCUGGCAGACAGAAGGACUCUUGCCAACGCUCCAAGAACUGUUGUGGAAGUGAGGAUGAACAGAGAGGAGGGGAGAAGGAGUGAGAAGGAGGAUAAGUGCGAUGAGGAGUCUAGAAAAAGUGCAGGAGGAGAGAGGGAAGAGAGUGCGAAUGGGAGGCAGAGAAGUGGGGAACAAAAUGGAGCACAGAUGCUGGAAAAGAAGAGAAAGAGGGAUGAUGGAGGAGGAGAAGAAGAAGAGGAGGAGGAGGAAAGGAAGGGUACAGCUCGAAAAUCUAGUAGUGAGAAGAAAGUGGAGAAAGAGAAGAUAUCUGAGAAAGAAAGGACACCAGGACUCAGUGUGGAAAGUAGCAGCAGAACUGUGGAUGGCACAGUGAAAGACUUUGCUGUAAACAGUGUUAAAAAUGAGAAGACGACUGGAAGAGGAGAUAAGACUCAACUGCAGCCCAGUGGGAUCAAAGCAGAGCCUUGUUCAGACCCGGUGUCUUUUAGGAUCAGCUGCAAGUGUACUGGAUCUCUGUCCCGCUGCUUCAGCUCACAGGAGGCGAGCAAAGUGAUUGGUGUUGGUCUGAGCAGACAGCUGGGCUGGAAGAUUGAUCUGAAGAAUCCACAGCUGGAGGUGAAUAUUUAUUUGAGUGAUGACCACUGCCUGAUGGGGAUUCCACUAACCAGGUUACCUCUGGCUAACCGGAGCUACAUUAAAACCACAGGACUGAGGUCUACUGUAGCCUGGGCUAUGACCUCAUUGGCUCAGAUACAGCCAGGCUUCUGUGUGGUCGACCCGAUGUGUGGAGUGGGAACCAUCUUAAUAGAAGCAGCACAGGAACACAAGACUGCCCGUUUCCUGGGUGUGGACAUUGAUGAUGGACAGCUGCAGAAGGCCAAUGAGAAUGUAGAGUUUGCCAAGCUUGGAAACAGAAUACACCUGCUGAAAGCUUCAUCAAUGGCGCUGCCUCUCCCCAGUGCCAGUGUAGAUGCUGUAGUCUGUGACCUGCCAUUUGGAAGGAAGUUUGGCACCAAAACAAACAUGGCUGCCAACCUGCCACUCAUCGUCACCGAGAUGGAGAGGGUCCUUUGUACUGGUGGUACUUUGGUUCUCCUUCUGAGCCCUCAGUUAUCCUGUCAGCUGAAGAAACUCCUGCCACAGCAAGACACAACAUCUAACCAGGAAACAACGACUCAAACUGGGACACACAACUGCCCAACUCCUUCACUAUCUCGGACAAGGCAGCAGACUUUACAAAUCGACCAGGCGAUCAAUUCCAAGCCUACCCAGAAAACAGGCUGUCAGUCUGGGCUACAACACAGUCUGCCUCCUCCUCUCUCCUGCCUGAAGCAUCAGACAACUCUGAGAGUCAGCUUAGGCCUGAUAGAUGGACUUAUCCAUAAAUAUGUCAAGACAGACACUUGAUCAGUGGUGGUGGACUUUACAUUUCAAAUUAAUUAGGAACUUUUCAUUGUUACUUACAAGGAAAUAUGUUGAACUAUAUUUUCUGUUUCCCUGCUGUUUUCUAUUGUAAAUGAUAUGAAUAAAUAUAUUUUUUGAAACAUGGAA